AUGCUAGAGAAAACAUUCUCUACUUUUGGCACUCCCAAUGUUGUUCUCCAACAACAAUACCGUGCCAUGAAUCAUAGCACCUAUGAGGAUUUGAUAUCUUGCUUACUGCUUGCUGAGAAGAACAAUCAGCUUCUGUUGAGGAACAGUGCCAUGCGGCCUCCAGGAUCAGCCCCAUUGCCAGAAGGAACCAGAAAAGAGUCCAACUUCGUCCAACGUAACAGAUCCUCAGAUCGUGGACGUGGACGUGGAAAUGGACAUGGACUGCGCGGCAGAGGACGCGGUAGACCGAACCAAGAUAACCGACCUAACCUCAGUUUUGGUCGGGGUAAGGGUCGUGGUAUCAACAAACCGACCCAAAGAGGCAGUUCAUCUAGACCAACUCCUUGCUCAAGAUGCGGAAUGACUAAUCAUUGGGUCAAGAACUGCCGUACUCCCAAAUAUCUUGCUGAGCUCUACCAGAAGUAUGGGAAAGAUAAUCAUGAGGCUAACCUGGUUCAUCAAGUCAAUGAAGAUGACUCAAAGGAUGAUAAGAUUGAUGGCAUGGAUUAUGAGCUCUCCGACCUUCUUGAUUGA